AUGGACCCGCAGGCGCAGGGCGGCCAAGGCGGCGCCAAUGGGGCCACUUCGCACUCCACCAGCAGCUUCAUGCCGGCAUCUCUCCCCGCCGCAAGCAGCGACUACCUGCAGCAGAGCCUGACGACGGCCGAGGCGGCCACAGCCGGCGACAUGGCGCGCACCAACGCGCUGGCCGACCGCAACACGAUCGUGGACAUGAGUCUGCGCCUCGGCCGCUUCGUGCUGUGCGUGGUGGCGGCGCUGGUCGUCGCGUUCAGCUUCGCGCUGCUCACGAGCAACAAGAAGACGCUCACGCACGUGGACGAGAACAAGCUGGUGGCCAACGAGACGCUGUCCGCCAAGGCGUCGUCCGUCGUGGAGGACUACAACACGCUCUUCGGUCACAUCCUGUUCGCGGGCGGCAAGGUCUUCGAGGUCUUCUGCGAGACGCUCAUCUUCCCCACGCUCGCCACAUACCUGCACAACUGCAGCCUCUAUCCUGGGGACCAGCCGGUGCGCGUGCACUCGGCAGUGAAGGCGCGCUGCAUCUUCUGGGGGCUCAAGACGGUGAUCAUCCUCAUGAACGUCGGCUUCACGAGUGUCUACGUGGGUCAGACCACGGAGAUUCCAGGAGCUGCAUCCAGACGACUUGCUGCUUCUCGUGAGAUGACGACUACGCUGAUCCAGACGGACGCGCCCUUGCUCGUCAAGUCCCAGACCGAUGCGCUAGACUCUAUCCUGCGGACGUCCAUGACGGGCCAGUGGAGAGCAUGGGCCGACGACGUCGACACCACCUCCGUGAGCUUCAGCUUCCCGUCACACGCAUGGAACACAGCGCUGGUAUCAUCAAAGACCGUAGCGCCGACAUCAGCUGUGGAAAUCCCGCUCCGGGACUACCUGGCCAACCGCGAGAAGUAUGCGAUGUCGGAUAACUGGGACCCUGCCGAGCUGUAUUUAACCUUCCAGGAAGGAGUAUCGAAGCUGGGUCUUGCUAGUGUGUCAGUUGGUGUUUCGCCGAAGCCGCAGUCAUUCGACGACCUAGUCCAUGUCGUCGCAAGUGAGCUGAAGGCAGCUAUGCCAAGCAACACGCAAGUUGGUGACCUGGUCCUCCGACUUGAACGCCGAGAACUGGCUGACGCCGUGCGCUUCACGAGUUUGACAGUGUCCAUUCCAGUCGACCAAGACAAUGUGGUGUAG